UAACUUGAACUUUCUGGCUUCCACGUAGCUGCGUAGGAUACAUAUUGUGUCACAUAAAGUGGAGAGUGGGGUGAAAACUUUGUAUAAGAGCAGCAUUAUUUGAAUGGUGUCGUUUUCCAAGCAGUAACGCGACCCCGAAGCUGGCUUCGCUUUACACAUACGUGACUUACAGAGAAGCCUCCCUUAAAUCUUCUCCACCGUGUUGCUCUUCUCGUUGGGCACGAAAAGGCUGAGCAUUCCUCCAGUUUUAAUCCUCUGCCCCACCUAAGCGAACCCCAAGCUCACGUACACGCGCUUACAGACGAAUAUAUGAAGAAAAAGAAAAAGAAAAGAAAAGACAAAUGUCGGCCUUUCGUCAGGAAACGUACGACACCGUGUUUUCCUGUCUCCAUCCUGCGCUCUUCCCUGGCGUCCACAUGAAACCAACACAUGCCGUCACAUGGCACGACCCGACAGUGAAACCGCGUGCAGUAUACGAUCACGUGACCGUCUGGGGCAUCUCCCUCGCGCAGUAGCAGAGCGUGCCAGUGGAAAAUUCCAUUUCCAGAACGUUCUUGAAGGUGGUCGAUCGACGACUUGCGCGUUUCGGGAUAGAGGGCGGUAGCGUUGUUUCUCCGUUCGCUAUAUAAGGGAUCGGAAUCUGCAUCCUCCUCACGCUCUAUCUCACCGGCAUCGUCUGCUAAGGUAGAGAGAGAGGAAGCUCCAAUCUAGCUCAGGCACUCUUUGGACCGGUACAUAUCGCCAAACGGCCCAAGUUGCGUCAAAAAUUAAUCGGUCGGCUGCUGACAUUUUGGGUCUUCUGCCGUCACUGCUCAGAUCGCGCAAAAUCGCGCAGAGCCGUGAUUACGGCCGAAUGAGUGGUGCUUCUUUUGAAGGUGAAACCUGGCGCGAUUUAUCGUACCGUGAACUUGAGAGAGAAACCCCCAAUCCUUACUCUCGGUGCUAACGAUAAAAAUAUCUCCCGUGUCAAGGGUGCCUUGGGAGCAGGAAUAACGGUUUUCACUGCCGUGGGCAUUGGUCGUUAAGGUAUGACAGCAUCGGCUCGUUACGGUACGAUGAAAUUGAAGAGAAAUAAUUCGAUGCAAACUGAUGGGACGUUGGAAAUGUAGCUUCAAGUGUCUCAGCUCAUUAACUCACUGUCUGAAACUUUGUAACUUUUGUUUUCGUAACAUAGUUCUUUCUUCACAGAUAACAGGUCAUCUGAAUACUGUUUGCCAAAUGAACAAAAGGUUAUUGCACAUCCGAGUCAUAAUCAGUAUCAUUGGGGAAUAGCGCAUCAGAAUUUUACAUAAAUAUGAGCCGCCCACUUAUCGAGUAUGCUUGCCAAAAUCCGCCGGGACGAAUCGUGGUUAAAAAAAAAUAUAUUUAUGAUUGAACAGCGUUUCGAACAGUCGAACAAUCCUUAUUGGACCCAACACUUCAGCAAUUAAACAAUGUACCACUAUCUUCGGGGAACAGAUCAACAGCUAACAGGAUAAAUCAUGUCCCAAUUCUUGAAUUGCUAGCCUAAAUUUCCCUCGAGGACACGUUGGUACCACAUACUUCCCCGCGACAGAACUUGAUUCGGGUCAAGUUCCUCAAUGAGGAUGCUUUGCUUCCUUGUCACCCCUUGCCUCACAAACAUCUAACGAUGAACCCCGGAGGGAAAAAAAAAAAGAAUGUGUAUUCGAGAGUUCACGGUAGUACGCGUAGACGGUUUCAUCUUCACAAGAGCAGAAAUGCAAUUGUGCUCUCCAAGGUCCUUGUACCGAGUGAGGGGAUCGUAAUAGCAGGUACGACGCUUCCCGCGUCGUCUUGCUAUUACGUCUGUCCUGUACUGGCAUGUUGCCAUCAUUACACGGGAUUAUCAUGUCGGGGGAUAAGUUUAGCAGCCUCACUAGGCUGAUAAUCUCUAUAUUUGGUUGAAAUGGCGCAAUAUAAUGACGUGGCUCUGUCCAGCACUAUCGCUUUUGAUGGCAGCAUAGACAUGGGUGUGAAUGAUAUGUUUACGUUUGACCGCGAUGGCGACGGAGAUUUCGGAUGUUUUGUCGUGUAAACGUGUGCACUUAUAUGGCGAAUUCCGCUGGCCGCUCUCGUGCAGUGCAGUAGUGUGCCGGUGUGGGUCGAGUGUAUAGAAAAGAACGAAGAGCGAACUGAACGACCAAUGAAACUCGAUGCAUGUUGCACCGAAGCGACCAUAGUGUAACAUGUACACUCAAGUUAGUGUAGUGUUAGUGCAAAAUGUUCUGCACUACAACGGCCAGUGUAAUUCGUCGUUAAAGCCCCAGUAUAUCAUGAAGAGGAAGGGAUACUAAUCACAGAGAAAGCCCUGCGUGUUAUUUGCUUCUGUGUUAACAAUUUGUACUAAGAUUCGGCAGAACAAAGCUUGAUACUGGGUCUUUAAAGUCGUCAUGAGGUUUACUUAGAAGCAUCGAUCGUUCAAGAAUCAAGUCGAGCUCGGUUUUGUGCCUUACUGUCAGUAGUUUAUCCAGAACCGCAAACCGAGGGGGGGGUUGCAAAAAAUUGUGGGUGCAGUUACAUUGUAACAGUAGUACAUAGGAAAACAAAUGGGGGUAUUGCCAAAAAUUUAAGGGGGGGGGGUCUGGAUAAAUCACUGCUUGCUGUCGUAAGAAUAAGUUUAUAGAGGUUGUGGUAAAUAUGCCUGCGUCAUAUGUUUGCCUAGUUCUUGCCUUCUGUGCGGAACUAGACGAUCCGACACACGAGCAACAGCUGAUGAAGUUGCUGGUGCCUUUGUGAACAUAAACCUGGAACAUUAAUUAUAUCCAAGCGGUGCAUGUUUUUGUCUACACUUUUAGAAUAUUUGUUUUUGUCACGGUGUCAUGCUUACAAACCUUUAUCGGUGUUCUAAAUUGUGUAAAUCCAAUUAACAAGCCUUGUUGCUCUGUUGUCCGCUAUGAGAUCAAGACGCGUCCUAUUUUGAUAUUCUUGCGACAGCAAAAAGAGACAUGUGUGCCAAAAGUGCAACUGACAGUCAAUAUUCGGUACUAGCGACAUGCAAAACCGUAGCGUCAAAUGUCCCCUGUCACUUCUGUAAAUGAAAGAGUCAUUGACAACCUUCUAUCUCGUUGGCGUUUGGGUGUUGCACGUCGCUUGUUGCCCGAAGUAUUGAAAUAUAAUCUCCCUCUAUCAUUUUCAUAGUGAGUUUCCCUGCCCUCUAUUUCAUUAAAAAAAUGAUGCCCAAGGAAAUAAAUGCCUUCUGCCUUUUCAUUUCUCACACACCCAAUUUGCUGUGUCUUUUGGAAUGGCUACGGCUGUUUCUGUCAGGUCUCUGUUGUGAAAUGAGGGAAUGCUUCCUGUAAAACUUCUGGCUAUGUGGUUAUUGUGCUCGGUAAAACACUGCUCGGCGGACAACACUUUUCCCUCACUUCACAACGUUCUUACACAAUCCACCAUAACAACGUUACCUCAAAUCCUUCUGCUGCUAAGCAUCAUCGGCCUCGAUCCUGUAAAAGAAAAAAAAAGGAGAAAAGAAAUAUUUCAGAAUGCUAGCUAUCGCGACUACUACGCAUCCACACUAGUAUAGGUUCCACCACUCCUGCUGCCAGACAUGUCAUCGCUGGAGCCUAGUGGCCUACCCGUACCAGAAAUCUUAUACGCCUGGAACAACUGCGGUAACUUCGGGGGUCACGCUUAAUACCGCAGAUCAACUGUCCAAGAUGGCAAAGGUGCAAGUGGAGAGCCCAAACGUCCGCUACACGUCCGAGAUGAUCGAGGCAGACUACGUAUACUCCACGUCUGAGGUGAAGGUGGAAGACAAGGUGUACCGCGUGCGUCCGCGCGACGUCAGAAUGACUUUCAGGACCAAGAGGCGCGUCCCCAAGCUGGGAGUCAUGCUCGUCGGUUGGGGCGGCAACAACGGAUCUACGGUGACGGCUGCUGUGCUCGCCAAUAAGAUGAACCUUUCCUGGAGGACCAAGGAGAAAGUUCAGAAAGCAAACUACUACGGUUCAAUCACGCAAGCGUCCACCGUAAACCUGGGCAACGGACCAGACGGCGAAGUCUACGUCCCCAUGAAGGACAUCUUGCCCAUGGUGGACCCCAAUGACGUUAUCUUCGAUGGCUGGGACAUCUCGUCCAUGAACCUGGCUGACGCUAUGACACGCGCUAAAGUCUUGGACAUCCAGCUUCAAGAGCAGCUGCGCCCUUACAUGGAGAAGAUGAAGCCAAGGCCCGGAAUCUUUAACAGCGACUUCGUGGCUGCCAAUCAGGCAGACCGUGCCGACAAUAUCAUUCGCGGCACGAAGCAGGAGCAGCUGAACCAAAUCCGUGCCGACAUCCGUCAGUUCCGAGAGUUCAGCAAAGUGGACAAGGUCAUCGUUCUCUGGACGGCAAACACAGAGCGAUUCUGCGAUGUGCUGCCAGGAGUCCAUGACACGGCAGACAACCUUCUCAGCGCCAUUGAAAAGGGGCAUAAGGAAGUGUCGCCGUCUACCAUCUUCGCCGUCGCAAGCAUUCUUGAAGGCUGCACAUACAUCAAUGGAUCGCCACAAAAUACAUUUGUGCCAGGAGUGCUGGAACUCGCUGAGAAGAAGAAAGUCUUCAUUGGUGGCGACGACUUCAAAUCCGGUCAGACCAAGUUCAAGUCCGUGUUGGUCGACUUCCUAGUCAGUGCUGGCAUAAAGCCCGUCUCCAUGGUCAGCUACAAUCACCUGGGCAAUAAUGACGGCAAGAAUCUGUCAUCACCUCUGCAAUUCCGUUCCAAAGAGAUCAGCAAGAGCAACGUCGUCGAUGACAUGGUGCACAGCAAUGCGAUCCUCUAUUCGCCAGGAGAGAAGCCAGACCACUGCGUUGUCAUCAAAUAUGUGCCAUACGUCGGUGACAGCAAGCGGGCCAUGGACGAGUUCACCAGUGAGAUCAUGAUGGGUGGUCACAACACUAUCGUCGUCCACAACACUUGCGAAGACUCGCUCCUUGCAGCUCCAAUCAUCCUCGACCUCUUCAUUCUGGCUGAACUCUGCGAACGGAUCGAAUUCAGCAUCAGUGGAAGCAAGUUCCAACAGUUCCACACUGUCCUGUCCAUCCUGUCCUUCCUCUGCAAGGCUCCACUGGUCCCACCUGGAGCACCUGUCGUCAAUGCGCUCUUCCAGCAGAGAAGCUGCAUUGUGAACAUCAUGAGGGCAUGUCUUGGACUGGCUCCCAUUAACCACAUGGACAUUGAACACAAGCUUAGCGAUGCUUCAGUCUGGGAACGCGUCCGAAUGGGAAUCACGGAAGAAACGAAGAAGGCACUGCCGCGAGCGGCGCAUGAAGUCCGAAUGAUUGCUUGAAAAGGAGUCUCACUUUUUUCGCCUGUAUUUUUUUUUUUAACACAGAAGGGAACAGGCAGGAACUGUGAACCAGUUUUUAUAUUCUUUUUGUCUCUAUAUACAUAUUUCAUCAUCAUUCUGUUUAAAGUGAACGAGCUUCCUUUCGUUUUUGAAAAUAUUGGAUUAGGUGUCCCAAAUGGCUGGGCAUUAUAUAAUCUAGCUUAAGUUAUGGUUUGACUAUCGUACGUAAGCAUUGUCAGAACAACUCUAUUUAAACUUUGAUAUAAUCAAUUUUACUACAGGGAGGUACGUACCUGAUGAGCUGUUUGAACAGUCCUCUACUUUUGUACAUAUAAGCCGCAUCUUGUUUUAUACUGAAGUGCGCAUCUAUGUGAGUAGGGCUUUCAAUUCAAUCGUCUUCGUGAGUACAAGACAAGAUUGUCAUACUCUAUUACAUGUACGUAUCAGUGUGUGAAGUUUGCUAGAAUGCAAUAAACGGAAGUACUGUUUUUUAAUUCA